GGAAACUGAAGCUCCUUGGGGGAAUUCAUCCUGCUAGGUGUGUCUGACCGGCCACAGUUGGAGAUGCUGCUUUUUGUGCUCAUCUUAAUCUGCUACACCAUGACCUUGCUUGGAAACACCACCAUUAUCAUGGUCUCAUGGCUAGACCCCCAUCUCCACACGCCCAUGUAUUUCUUCCUCAGCAACCUCUCUUUCCUAGACCUCUGCUACACCACCAGCGUUGGCCCCCAGAUGCUGGUGAACUUCCGAAGCACUCACAAAUCCAUCUCUUGGGCUGGCUGUGUGGCCCAGCUCUACAUCUCCCUCUCGCUGGGUUGCACCGAGUGCCUCCUACUGGCUAUCAUGGCCUAUGACCGCUAUGCCGCUGUCUGCCAGCCACUGCGCUACACGGCCAUCAUGAGCCGCCGCCUCUGCCUGCAGCUGGCAGCCACCGCCUGGUUGUGCGGCUUCGGCAACUCCAUGCUGCAGACCAUCCUGACUCUGCAACUGCCCCGGUGUGGGCGGAACCAAAUCGAGCACUUCCUCUGUGAGCUGCCAGCCCUGCUCAAGCUGGCCUGUGUCGACACAUCUGCCAACGAGGCCGAGCUCCUUGCCAAUGGAAACCAAAGCUCCUUGGGGGAAUUCAUCCUGCUAGGGGUGUCUGACCAGCCACAGUUGGAGCGGCUGCUCUUUGUGCUCAUUUUAAUCUCCUACACCAUGACCUUGCUUGGAAACACCACCAUCAUUGUGGUCUCCUGGCUAGACCCUCAUCUCCACACACCCAUGUAUUUCUUCCUCAGGAACCUCUCUUUCCUGGACCUCUGCUACACCACCAGUGUUGGCCCCCAGAUGCUGGUGAAUUUCCAAAGCACCCAUAAAUCCAUCUCUUGGGCUGGCUGCGUGGCCCAGCUCUACAUCUCCCUCUCACUGGGUUGCACCGAGUGCCUCCUGCUGGCCAUCAUGGCCUAUGACCGCUAUGCCGCCAUCUGCCAGCCGCUGCGCUACACGGCCAUUAUGAGCCACCGCCUCUGCCUGCAGCUGGCGGCUACCGCCUGGUUGUGCAGCUUCGGCAACUCCAUGCUGCAGACCAUCCUGAUCCUGAGGGUGCCCCGGUGUGGGCGGAACCAAAUCGAUAACCUAUUCUGCGAGCUGCCAGCCCUGCUCAAACUGGCAUGUGUCGACACCUCUGCCAAUGAGGCCGAGGUCCUCGCCAGCUCAGUGAUUUUCCUGCUGGUUCCACUGGGCUUCAUCCUGAUGUCCUACAGCUACAUCGGCGCUGCCGUGCUGAAGAUUCACUCAGCGAAAGGCAGGCUCAAGGCCUUCAACACCUGUGCCUCUCACCUGGCCGUGGUGUCGAUCUUUUAUGGCACAGGCAUUUCCACGUAUCUACAGCCUCCAUCCAGCUACUCCCAGCACCAGGGUAAGAUAGUAGGCCUCUUCUACACCAUGGUGGCCCCCAUGCUCAACCCCCUCAUCUACACGCUGAGGAACAAGGAGGUGCACAGAGCGCUGCAGAGGGCACUGAGGAGAAACAUGACCGCCCAGGGGGUCUGA